AUGCAUUCCGCGGAGGCGGAAGGCCGCGGGAGGCGCGUGGCUCGGUCGUCGACUCGGUGUGCGGCGUGCGGCGCGGUGGUCACCACGCGCUGCACCGCCAUCCGCCACCGCCACUCCACCGCUUUCAGUGUGGGCGCGCUAGGUGCGGUGCUCGGGCCCGGCUCAGUCCGCGCCAGCGCUCCGGUGGGGCAGGACCGAUGGCGGGGCGCGCACGUGCCGCGGCGCGCGGCCCGCGGCCGUCUCCGGCACCGGCACAGUGCCGCGGCGGCGGGCGGCGAGCGCACAGCGCCCGCGCCGGCAUGCGACGCUAGUGCGAGCAUGCGGCUGCCGCUACUGCCGCUCCUCGUGCUGCCCCUCGUCCUCCGCCCGGCGGCAGCCGGGAUCUGCUGGUCGGGGAUGGAGCGCGGCGGGCGCUGCAGUUCUGUGGCGGCGUUGCGCGUGGGCCGCGCGGAGUGCUGCGCAGGCGCCGCGCGUGCACCCGCCGCGUGGAGUCCGCGCGAUCUCGACAGCGGACAGAUAUUCUUCUACAAGGCGCUUUCUGGCGGUGUGCCUUGCACCGCAUGCGAUGAAUCAUGCUCUGGGGUGAGAUGCAGUGCGGGCCGGCGGUGUGUGGUGCGCGAAGGGCGCGCGCGUUGUGUGUGCGCGGCUGCGUGCCGGCGUGCGGGCCCCGUGUGCGGGACGGACGGCCGCACGUACCGCUCGUUGUGUCGCCUGCGUCGUCGCGCCUGCCGCCGCCCCGCCAAGCACCUCGCCCUCGACUAUCCCGGACCCUGCCAAGUGGGGACGUGUGAGGGCGUGCGGUGCGGCGGCGACAAGCGGUGCGUACUGGACGCAGAGCUUGGCGCGCACUGUGCGCGGUGCGGCGCGUGCAGCGCGGCCGGCGCGCCCGUCUGUGCAGUCGACGGCCGCACCUACGCCGGCGCCUGCGCACUGCGCCGCGCCGCCUGCGAGCGAGGCCGCGCAUUGCCGUUAGCUUACAGGGGCUCUUGUAUAGCGAACGCGACGUGUGCGUCAAUCAGAUGCGGCAGCGGGCAGCGCUGCGUGUCCGGGGGCGCGAGUGGCGCGCGCUGCGUGUCGUGCGGCGCGUGCGGUGCGGCCGGCGGCGCGGGCGGGACGCGGCGCACACUUUGCGGCACGGACAAGCGCACCUACCCCUCCUGGUGCCGUCUGCAGCGCGCCGCCUGCCACGCCGGCACCGUCGUGGACACACUGCACCGCGGACCCUGCAAAAGCAACAGAAACAUAACGGACAAUAGUGUGAUUAGCGAGAGUCACGGGGUGGACUCAGCGUGA